AACACAUUGUUGAUUAAUAAUAUAGUCUAAUUAUAUAAAUCAACCUAGCUAAGUCAAAUUCAUAAUUCGAUUUGUCAAUACAGCAUCUCUAUAUAUAUAUAUCAAGGAUCACAAAGUUUUAUGUUCAAAGACUCCAUUCCCAUAUAGAAAAAUAUAUUUCACAAAACAUAUUAAAAUUUUAGAUACUUAUAAUUAUUUUGGUUCAUUUGAUUGGAAGAGGGAGUUUUCUACAUCGUUUGCGUUAAAAACGAGCUGGGACUGCUUUUUGGCAUCUUCAAAAGUAGAACCGGCGUUGCAAUGGGGACUGUUUAACUAAUCGGCGGCGAAACUAUGUUCAAUCUGAAAUGGGUUUUACUAGAUUCAAUCAAAGAUUGUAAGAACUUAAGGAUCUUUAGACAAAUUCAUGCUCAACUGGUAACAUCAGGAUUAGUUUACGAUGACUUCGUCACAAGCAAAGUGAUGGAAUUCUUUGCCAAUUUUGUUGAGUAUGGUGACUAUGCCUGUGAUUAUUUAGAACAAGGCAACACGCGCUUAGGUUCAUUUCCAUUCAACUCACUGAUUAAUGGGUAUGUUGGUGGUGAGUUUCCACAAAUGGCGGUUUCAGUUUAUAGAAGGAUGGUGAGAGAUGGGUUUGUGCCCGAUAUGUUUACUUUUCCAGUCCUUUUGAAAGCGUGCUCUAACUUUUCAGGGAGCAGAGAAGGCAGACAAGUUCAUGGCGUGGUGGUUAAAUUGGGGCUUUUGGCUGAUCAUUAUGUGCAAAACUCACUAAUUCGUUGCUAUGGAGCUUGUGGGGAUUUUUCUUGCGCAGGUAAGGUGUUUGAUGAAAUGCUUGUUCGAGAUGUUGUUUCGUGGAACAGUUUGAUAUCUGGGUUCAUGAAGGCGGGGCAUUUUGACGAGGCCAUUUCUGUGUUUUUCAGGAUGGAUGUGGAGCCAAGCAUGACAACUUUAGUCAGUGUGCUUGCUGCAUGUGCAAGAAAUGGAGACCUGUGUACGGGGAAGGGAAUUCAUGGUGUGAUCGAGAGGAGGUUUAAGGUGAAUUUAGUACUAGGAAAUGCAAUGCUAGAUAUGUAUGUAAAGAAUGGAUGUUUUUAUGAAGCUAAGAACAUAUUUGACGAGCUCCCAACAAGAGAUAUUGUGUCUUGGACUAUCAUGAUCACAGGAUUGGUGCAGAGUGACCAUCCAAAACAGUCCUUGGAACUGUUUUCAAUGAUGCGAACCUUGGGUAUUAGCCCUGAUGCGAUUAUUUUAACUAGUGUUCUCUCUGCUUGUGCUAGCCUAGGAACUCUUGACUUCGGGACAUGGGUCCACGAGUACAUAAACCAAAGAGGAAUCAAAUGGGAUAUCCAUAUUGGAACUGCCAUUGUGGACAUGUACGCCAAAUGUGGAUGUAUCGAGAUGGCACUGAAAAUCUUUUACAGUAUGUCUCAAAGAAACACCUUCACUUGGAAUGCUUUGUUAUGUGGUCUAGCAAUGCAUGGACUUGUGCACGAAGCAUUAAAUCUUUUUGAAGUAAUGAUAAUAUCUGGUGUCAAGCCUAACGAGAUAACAUUUCUAGCGAUUUUGACAGCUUGCUGUCAUUGUGGUCUGGUCGAUGAAGGGCGCAAAUAUUUUGAUAACAUGAGUAAACUUUAUAAUUUGUUGCCUAAGUUGGAGCAUUAUGGAUGUAUGAUUGAUUUGUUCUGUCGAGCUGGACUCUUGGAAGAAGCAGUGGAGUUGGCAAGGACCAUGCCAAUGAAGCCUGAUGUGCUUAUCUGGGGACUGCUACUAAAUGCUUGCACAACUGUUGGAAACAUUGAGCUUUCUCAUCGCAUACAGGAUUAUAUCUUGGAACUUGAUCAUGACGAUAGUGGAGUCUUCGUGCUGCUGUCUAAUAUAUCUGCUAUUAAUCAGAGAUGGUCCAAUGUGACACGAUUAAGGAGGUUGAUGAAAGAUAGAGGUGUGAGAAAAGCACCUGGAUCAAGUGUCAUUGAGGUAGAUGGUAAGGCUCACGAGUUUGUGGUUGGAGAUAUUAGCCACCUCCAAACUGAAGAAAUUUACAAAGUGUUAAACCUCAUUAACUCUGUUUACCAUGAAAGCCAUUAGAUGCACCCAUUGUAGGGGUUUCUGGACCAUUUCAGAUGAAAAGGUUGGGGAUCCCUAUCUUCGUGUUUCAUUUUAAAGGCUUCUAACAAGAGAACUACAUUCCAACUUUGCCAUGAUGGCAGCAACUAAAUCCAGAAAGCUCUUUGGAGUUUCAAGAGUCAAGCAUUGGUUGGAGUUCGAAGGAAGGACAUCUCAAAUAUUUUUCAAUAAUGAUUGGACAAAGUGCCAAAUUAAACACAUUAUUUCAGUGACAUGUCAGAAAGCAGCCAGCAGUUUUAGUUGAUCAAGUGGAAGGCUUGCAGCAAUUCAAGUGAUUAUUGAUUCAAGCCCUGCAGCUAUGGCCUCCGAUGGCAGCCUUAGUGUUUCGGUUUCCACAUCUCCUAAACAUGCAAACAGAGAUGCUGAAACCGUGAGGUCGAAUUCGCCAAAAGGCCAGUGUUUAUGCUCGCCCACGAUGCAUCAAGGCUCCUUUAGAUGUCGGCUUCAUCGUUCGACAUCGUCGGCAUGGAUGAAACGUUCAAAAUCAAUGCCUACCAACAACCCUGUGGCUUCUCUUUCUCCCAAAGAAUCUCUUGAGUCUUCCUAAGGCCAUGGACCAUGUGGAUAAAGCUGAAUACAUGUAACACGCCUUAAACUUAUAUCCUUUUAGUUAUGGAGAAGAGAAGCUUUAGUUCUAUAUCUCAACUUUCUAUGCAAUAUAAUAUAUACAUAUAUAUAAUAUGUUUGAAUAUAUGUCUGAAAAGUAACUUUCUUUGAAAAUUCUUUGGUCUGGGUAUAGAUUAAGUUGGUCGAGUUAUAUCGUUCUUUCUUGAAAUACAACCAUCAUGGAUUGGUCUUGUGAAUUAAUUUUCUAGUAGUUUCCUCGACAUUUAACUGUUGUAGGGUUAAGUUGGUUGUCCUGUGAGUCGAGUUGCUCAUAAGUUGGACUAAACACUCACGAAUGUAAAAAAAAAAUGUAUUUUAUUCGAUCUUGGAUUUGUAAAUGAGAAAGUAGUUUGUUCAGGAAUGCAUGGAGUGAAAAGAAAGAUAUCCAGUGGAUGUGAUUGGCUAUGGAUUUAAAAGAAAAGAAAGGUAAAAUAGAAGGCAUGGCCUACCCUUAUAAUAUUAUUAGUGGGUUUGGGAUUUGGUGUUUAGAUUAUCUCCUUGUCUUUGUUACUUGUCAACCUCAUUAUCUUCAAUUAUUGCAGCUCUUUACACACUUCUGUUCAAACCCAAAUUUUUGUCUUGCUUUUUGUCUGUAAUUUCAUCUUCCAUCUUGAUUUUGAUGGAUUUGAUUUAUUUUCCUUCAAAUUUAGACCACAAAAUUAUGUCUAAUGCCUAUGCCUAAUAAUAACAAAGAACGGAAACAACACGACGGUUGAAGGUUAUUUAUUGCAUUGUACCAAAUUUGUCACUGUUAAUGUUAUUUUCUUUUUUCAUUCAUCAGGUUUGAGAUUAGCAUAUAUUUGAUAAUUCAAGAACCACUUUAAUCUCUCGAGUUAUGGAAUUUCUCUUAGGUUGUCGUUAUAUUAAUUUAGUUGUUAGUUGAUAAAUGGAAUAAUGAUGGGACAUAUUGAGUCAGUAAAUUUCUUUUUUUAUAAUGAUCUCCUCUUUUUUUUUCUAAUGAUCUCCUCUCCCCGUAACACGAAGAGCGGGACAAAGAGCUUGCCCAUGGGUUUUGCCCUUAGUUUGUUGUUUUGUUUGUUACACCAUACCAAAUUACACAAUGUUAACUGCUUUAUAAUGUUGAAUUGUUAAGUGUAUAGGCCUAAUCAAACCAAUUUUAAAAUUUUAGAGACUAUAGGCUAUACGUAUAAGGAAUCUUAUGGACUAAUACUCAUGUGCUUUGUGUUUUAUGGUUAUAUUUUUAUAACAAGUUUUUAAAUAAUUCAAAUUGUGUGUGUGUGUGAGAAAAAUCAAUUGAUGAUAAUGGAUGAUGUUUGUUCAUUUGAGAUGUUAGGGUCAAUGAUUCAUUUACUAGCUAUAGUUAAUGUAAGAUUGAUUUCUCAUUUUAUUCAAUAUUUUCACCAAUAUUUCUAUUUUUUAUUGUCGAUGUUUACGUUAUAUCGCAUAGAGAAAAAAUCACAAAACAUAUAUAUGAUUUAAAUAAGACAUGUAACUGAAUUCAAUAGACUAAGUACUUGUGACUUAAUUAAUUCAAAUUAUUGAAAAAGUGCAAAAUAUUUAAAAUGAUAAAACAAUAGACAGCAUGUUUUUAUUUGAUUUUUCAAGUAAAAUUACAAACAUCAUUGACUCAACAAAUACAUGUAUUUUUUAAAAUAGUGACAUUUCAACCACUUCAAAUUUUGAUUUAAUAAGAUUUCGUUUAUUGUAGGAAACAUGGAUACAUUAAAAUAUCAAAUUAUUGGCUCUUGAAAAUGGACUUACAUGAUAAACUAUACUAUGGUAGAAGAAUAGAGUCCAAACGAGAAUAAUUUAAAACUUAAUUUCGUGCAUGUUUGAAAUUGUUUUUAAAAUCACCUUUUAGGUUAGAAAAUAGUUUAGUAAAUUCAAAAUAAUUAUAAAAACGUGCGUCAAAUGCAUUACUAUUUAACCAUACACUUUAAAGUAAAAUGCUCAUGUCAUCGUAACUAAUCUAAAAUUAUUAAGAAAGCACGCUCUAAAAGUGAUUUUAAUAACUUGAAAGUCAAUCUUCUUAUUUCCACGCCGAAAUAAAUAAAAGUUGUUAUGUCAAAUAUUGACCAACAAAUGUAGGCAUAAAUUCACAGGCCCGAUAAGAAAACAUGUACAUUUAUAUAAUCUAGGUGACAACCAUCCCAAUGUAAAUUAUUAGAUUGUAAGACAUCAAGAGUAUUUGAUAUUGGAGGAAAAGCGUACUUGACUAUAUUCAUGAUAUUCUCAGUCAUAUUUACAAGUUUAGUUAGUCUCAUGUAUUUCUUAGAUGAAGGUCAGAUCUAACAUUCUUAUAUAACAUUUUUUUUGGAGUUUCAUACCUUUCAAACUAAACUUAUAUUCAGCUCAUCAACUAUGAUCUAUUAUCGAUGGAUUCGACUACAAUUUGGUCGAGGCCAACCAGGCCCAUCUUUUUUUGAUUCCGUUCUUCUCUCCUUCGUCUAUUAUUUGCAAACCCUUUUAUCUUUGAUUUUAUAAUGCAUCAACAAAAAUGACAACCAUAACUUUUCUCCAUUUCUAUAAUCUGCUUCGUUGAAAACAAAUUGCAAUCACGUUGGAAAACAACGAUAACUAAAAGCCAUUGAAUAUAAUAUAAAACAAAAUUAAGAAACGGAACUUCGAGGCCACGACGUAGCCUUCCAAUUGGGCCUCCGUCUGCUUCCACCUCCAGUCGCUUUCGUAUGCGUGUACGAGUCAACCAGCCGCCAACUCAGUCAAACUCGCGUUUUUUGACUCGUCCAAAACCCACCCCUCAAUUUCCCAGAAAAUCCAGAUUCACCCCAUUUCCUUUCCCCAUAUAAAUACCCUAACCUUCAAAUCCCCAAUUCCAAAAUUCACCUUCUAAAUUUUCGUCAAUUUUUGCAGUCGAUUCACAAAACAUGAGUUCGUUGAAGCUCACAGCCGUUCCGAUCGUCGGAUUCUUGUUCUUGAUUGUUCUUCAAUUGGCUCACGGCCAUUCCCACGAUAUUUCACCUGCGGCGGGUCCUUCUAACGACGGAGCUGCAAUUGACCAAGGGAUUGCGUACGUUCUUCUUCUGCUUGCUCUGGCCGUUACUUACAUCGUCCAUUGACAACGUUUGUACUAAUAAAAUGAUUUUGGGUUCCAUAUGUAAUAUUUUUUGUAGUUUUUUCUCCCUUUAUUGGUGAAGAAAUUGCGUUUGAAAUUUGAAAUUUGAAAUUCAUUAUUCUUUUUACUUCUCCUUACGUUGAAAUAAAAUUCACAAUUCAUCAAUGGUUGUGUUAGUUGA